AUGGAGGCGCGGGCCAUGAUGAUGCGCAGAGGGACCUCGGGCUCCAUUAAAGUGCAACGCAGCGCUUCGUCUGCAUCGCAAAAGGUUCACCGGGCGUGGAUCGAUAAAACCUUCCAAAAACGAGAAUGCUCCCGGAUCAUUCCCAGCAAAGACAUUCUCAGGUGCAGCUGUGGGAAGCUGGUGGCGGAUCACGUGCCACAGGACACCAGUAGCACCGCCCUAGAGCUGCAGCCGGGCGAGCGAUGGAGCGCGCUCAAACACACCCAGGCCGUGCCCACAGACGCAUACGGCGUGGUGGAGUUCCAGGGCGGGGGCCACGUCAACAAGGCCAUGUAUCUCCGUGUGGCCUACGACUCGAAGCCCGACUCGCUGCUGCAGAUGAUGGUGAAGGAGUGGCAGCUGGAGCUUCCCACGCUGCUGGUGUCUGUCCACGGGGGGCUGCAGAACUUCGAGCUGCCCCCCAAACUCAAGCAGGUCUUUGGGAAGGGUCUGAUCAAAGCCAGUGUCACGACCGGAGCCUGGAUCUUCACCGGUGGCGUCAGCACAGGAGUGAUCCGGCACGUUGGAGACGCACUGAAGGAACACUCAUCCAAAUCCAGAGGGAAAGUUUGUGCUAUCGGCAUCGCUCCAUGGGGAAUCAUCGAGAACAAGGAGGACCUGAUCGGCAAAGAUGUGACGAGGCCGUACCAGACCAUGUCCAACCCUCUAAGCAAACUGUCGGUGCUGAACAGUUUCCACUCGCACUUCAUCCUCGCCGACAACGGAACCACGGGAAAGUACGGCGCCGAGGUCCGACUGCGCAGGCAACUGGAGAAGCACAUCUCUCUGCAGAGGAUCAACACACGCCUGGGCCAUGGCGUGCCGGUGGUCUGUCUGAUCCUGGAAGGAGGUCCUAACGUGAUCUCCAUCGUGCUGGAGAGCCUGAAAGAGGAGCCGCCGGUGCCUGUGGUGGUGUGUGACGGCAGCGGCAGGGCAUCCGACAUCCUCUCCUUUGCCCACAAGUACUGCGAGGAAGAUGGGACGGUCAGUGACAGUGUCAAAGAUCAGCUCAUGGUCACGAUUCAGAAGACCUUCAACUACAGCCGCAGCCAGGCCCAGCAGAUCUUCCUCAUGGUGACCGAGUGCAUGAAGAAGAAGUCUUUGAUUACAGUGUUCCGAAUGGGCUCCGAAGGACAGCAGGAUAUCGAGAUGUCCAUUCUCACAGCUCUGCUAAAAGGGACCAACGCAUGUGCCACCGACCAGCUGAGUCUCGCUCUGGCCUGGAACCGAGUGGACAUCGCACGCAACCAGAUUUUUGUCUAUGGGCUCCACUGGCCGCCGGUCAUUGGAAUGGCCAGCGACCGACCCAAAAGCCCUGCCUCGGCUCAACGUGUGGUGACGAUGGCUGGAAAGUGGAAAGCCAAAGGGAAGAAGGUCAAAGGGAAAGAGAAGAAACCAGAGCCUCCGAAAGAGACAGACCCACGCAAACUGGAACUGCUCAACUGGGUGAAUGCCCUGGAGCAGUCUAUGAUGGACGCCCUGGUUCUGGACCGUGUGGACUUUGUCAAACUGUUGAUUGAAAACGGAGUGAACAUCCACCACUUCCUCACGAUCCCGCGCCUCGAGGAGCUCUACAACACGAAACUGGGCCCCGCCAACACGCUGCACUUUGUGGUCAGAGACGUAAAGAAGGGCAACCUCCCCCCUGAUUACCAGAUUACUUUGAUUGACAUCGGUUUAGUGCUGGAGUUCCUGAUGGGCGGGGCUUAUCGCUGCAACUACACACGCAAGGGCUUCAGGGCUCUGUACAACAACCUCUACGGACUCAAACGGCCCAAAGCUUUAAAACUUCUUGGAAUGGAGGACGACGAGCCGCGACAGAAGGGGAAGGGGAAGAAGAACAAGAAGAAGGAGGAGGAGGUGGACAUCGACGUGGACGACCCGGAGGUCAGCCGGUUCCAGUACCCGUUCCACGAGCUCAUGGUGUGGGCAGUUUUGAUGAAGCGUCAGAAGAUGGCGCUGUUCCUGUGGCAGCGCGGAGAGGAGGCCAUGGCCAAAGCUCUUGUCGCCUGUAAGCUUUACAAAGCCAUGGCCCACGAGUCGUCUCAGAGCGAACUGGUGGACGACAUCUACCAGGACCUGGAGAACAACUCAAAAGAGUUCGGACAGCUGGCCUACGAGCUCCUGGACCAGUCGUACAAACAUGACGAGCAGAUCGCCAUGAAGCUUCUGACUUAUCGCCUCAAAAACUGGAGCAACUCCACGUGUCUGAAGCUGGCCGUGGCCGCCAAACACCGAGACUUCAUCGCCCACACGUGCAGCCAGAUGCUCCUCACCGACAUGUGGAUGGGCUGCCUGCGCAUGGGCAAGAGCAACAGCCUCAACGUGAUUCUGGGCAUCAUUUUCCCUCCGUUCAUUUUGCUCAUGGACUUCCGACUGGGAGACGAGUCCACGACUUAUCAGAGCGACGAGGGCAAAGGCGAAGACAAGUCCAACAAGGAUGCAGUGUCAAAUUUAGACACCACCUCUAAGAAAGGUGACGAAGAGGAGAACACAACGACCAGCAAGAAGAGAGUCCCGAUCGGGAAGAAGAUUUAUGAGUUUUACAACGCUCCGUUCACCAAGUUCUGGUUCAAUACUAUCUCGUACCUGGUUUAUCUGAUGCUGUACAACUACAUCAUCCUGGUGAAGAUGGAGCGAUGGCCGUCGCUGCAGGAGUGGAUUGUCAUCUCGUACAUCAUCACGCUGGGACUGGAGAAAGUCCGACAGAUUCUGAUGUCUGAGCCUGGGAAGCUGAAGCAAAAGAUAAAUGUUUGGUUGGAGGACUACUGGAACAUCACCGACCUUGCCGCCAUCUCUACGUUCCUCUUUGGGCUCCUGCUGAGGCUGCAGGCCGAGCCCUACCUGGGCUACGGCCGCGUCAUCUACUGCGUGGACAUCAUCUUCUGGUACAUCCGGGUCCUCGACAUCUUUGGAGUCAACAAGUACCUGGGCCCCUACGUCAUGAUGAUCGGGAAAAUGAUGAUCGACAUGCUGUACUUCGUGGUCAUCAUGCUGGUGGUGCUGAUGAGCUUCGGCGUGGCGAGGCAGGCCAUCCUCCACCCGGACGAGGAGCCCACGUGGCGACUGGCCCGGAACAUCUUCUACAUGCCGUACUGGAUGAUCUACGGCGAGGUCUUUGCCGACUCCAUUGACCUGUACGCCAUGGAAAUAAACCCUCCAUGUGGGGACAACAUGUACGACGAGGAUGGAAAGAAGCUCCCCCCCUGUAUCCCCGGGGCCUGGCUCACUCCCGCCAUCAUGGCCUGUUACCUGCUGGUGGCCAACAUCCUGCUGGUCAACCUGCUCAUCGCGGUCUUCAAUAACACGUUCUUCGAGGUGAAGUCCAUCUCGAACCAGGUGUGGAAGUUCCAGCGGUACCAGCUGAUCAUGACGUUCCACGACCGGCCGAUCCUGCCGCCGCCGCUCAUCGUCAUCCCACACAUCUACCUGGUGCUGAGGAGGAUCUGCUCCCGCUGUCUGCCCAAGAGAGCUGAGGGGGAGCACGAUGAGAGGGAGAGGGGACUGCAGCUGGUGCUGAGCCCAGAGGAGCUGAAGAAUCUGUAUGAGUUCGAGGAGCAGUGUGUGGAGGAGUAUUUCAGGGAGAAGGAGGACGAGAAGCAGUCGUCCAACAAUGAGCGCAUCCGGGUCACGUCUGAGAGAGUGGAGAACAUGUUUAUGCGUCUGGAGGAGGUGAACGAGAGGGAGCACUCCAUGAAGGCCUCGCUGCAGACCGUGGACCUGCGCCUGGGUCAGCUGGAGGAGUUCUCUGGCCGCAUGAUGAACGCGCUGGAGAAGCUAGCCGGAGUGGACCGCUCUCAGCUGGUGCGCACACGGUCCCGGGACUCCUCCAUCUGCGAGCCCGGGGUCCUACUGAGGCACGGCAGCAUCGGCAGCAUGGACGCCUACAGUCUGUACAGAUACCAGAUGGAGACCGAGGAGAAGAGCCAGGGCCAGGGCCAGGCUCCGGAGCCCGAGGAGCGCCGGGGCCAAGUCAGUCCAGAGACAAGGCCCCAGACGGAAGUCGAUCCAAAGCCAGUGAUGAAGGAGUACGGCUGCACCCUGGAGGUGAGCGGGCAGCAAGAGAGGAGACACUCUGUAUCCUCCAACGUCGACAUCCUCAUCACCCCCAGCGACUCAGAGCCCCCCAGACCCCAAGUCCAAACCCAGGACCAAACCCUAGACCAGGCCAGUCCCAGUCCCCCUGCUGCAGCUGUGAUCAUUCCAACCCCUGGAGAGAAACCCAAACUGGGAGCCACCACGUCCUUCCCACUGGACAAAACCAAAGUCAUGCAGUUGUUGGCGUCACCGGGUCAAAGCUCGCCGAUCUCGCGCAGACGAGCCAUGAGCAACCAAUGGGCCACGGGUUACACCAUGGAGCAGGCCUCGAAACAGCCGCAACUGGUCCAUCAGUGGGGGUCGGAGAGCAGGGUCCAUCCGAUGCACACGGGACAAGCCUCGACACCGGAAAAAUGUGUGACUCAAGACGAGGCCGAAGAGCAAACGGCGGAGAGGGAAGCCGAAGAGGAGGAAGAGGAGGUGAGGACGUACCCGGCGAUCAGAUCCAAGAGUCUGUGCGAGAAACCGCAAAGGAGGAGGAGGCCGGAGGAGGAGGAGCAGCGGCCGCGAGGAGCUAGCAGCGUCAAAGAUCUGGUGUCGGCGUUCAGCACCAGGACUGACGGGGAGCCGGAGACGUGA